UCUGGACAGCCGACAGCGUCAUCGGCAGAUCGGACGAAGAAGGCCCGUCAUCACCGACGUCAAUUCAUCAGAUGCCGUUAGGCCAUCACAACCAUGGAUAUCGAUCCCAAGCUUCGCGGUUCUGGCAACCACGCGGCCCAUGGAGCUCCGACACCGACUGUUCCAAAUAAAGCUUCAAUGACGACAUCGUCGAUAGACGCGGCCGCCCAGAACGCGUCGAGUAAUACCAAGGGUGGCCGUGGUACUAAUGCACCAAGUCCCCGCAACAACCAAAAUGAACAACAGCUACAUUCACAAUAUCAUCCCAACUCACAGGCCCACGUGCCAUCCGGUCAACCAGACCACAGCUCCCAACUUCAAUCUGCUACUGGAAGUCAGACGAACUCCCCGGUGCAGUCUCAGUUCCAGUAUCAGUCGCAGUCGCACUCGUCGGCACAACCUCAUAAUAUCCGACCGCAGUUACAGACACCGCACAGGCAACCAGGCUUGAAAGGAUCCGCACCAUCGCAAGCGACUGCUCAUAACCCUCUGCCCUUCUCUUCUUUCCCGCCGCAAUCGCCCAACUCGUCCGUCGGCUACAGUCCCAACUCUUCCGCUGCCGCGGGCACUGCCACAGCCAAUGAUACGCCUGCUAAUGUCCCAUCACCCAGUGCUGAUGGCGGAGGCAGAGAUCCCAACGGGGAACCCAAAAAGCCUCGGGCUUGCGAGAGUUGCCGUAGCCUCAAGGUUCGAUGUGAGCCAGACCCCGCAAAUUCGAACGGGGACUGCAAACGAUGCGGCAAAGCAAAGCGUCCUUGCAUCGUGACGGAACCCUCGCGCAAGCGUCAGAAAAAGGCAGACAAUCGGGUGGCAGAGCUAGAAAAGAAAAUCGAUGCUCUAACAGCAAGCUUACAAAACGUGCGCGGUGGCACGAAUCCCCUGUCCAUGGUAUCUCCAUCUGUCUCCUCAGCAACUACUGGGCCCGAUGCGCAAGCGGUGCCCAGGUAUACAACAGCGACUUCUUACGAUCCCAAUGAGAAUGGAUCUGGAAGGGGGGUGUUAGGUCAACCGCUUUCCGCAACAAGGGAUUGGCCCAUCACACCAAGAGAACAGCCUACGUCGGGACGCCAACCGACACCGUCACGAGCCUGGACUGCCUAUGACGAAAUGGAUCGCGAUAACAAUCCUUACACAACGCCGAAUAUGGCCCCUGGGGGGCAGAAAAGGAAGCAUACUGAUGAUAGGGAGCGAGCUAGUCAGGAUCCGCGAGAUGAUUUCUCGAUACCACGGCCGCCAAUAAGACACCCUGAUAUUGUAGACCGAAACAUAAUCAGCAUGGCUCAGGCAGCUGCGUUCUUCGAGCGUUACAAUGAGCACAUGGUUCCGCAUCUACCAGGCGUCGUUUUCUCCACCGAUAUGACGGUAGAUAAGCUCAGGAGAACACAACCGAUCCUGUUCCACGCGAUUAUGGCUGCUGCCGCGGGGGAAAUACCCUCGGUACAGAAGAUUCUGACGAAUGAAUUAAUGAAACGCUUUGCGGAGGAGGUCAUGGUGACAGGAAACAAAAGUCUUGAGCUCGUUCAGGCAAUUCAGGUGGCUACCAUAUGGUACUGGCCGCCCGAACGCUUUGAGGAGCUCAAGUUCUACCAGUUACUUCACAUCGCCGCCGUCAUGGCCAUCGAUCUCGGCCUUGGAAGGAAAAGGCAGCCAAGGGGCGGACUAAGGAAUGGCAUGCCCUCCACCUUACGUGACAAAAUCAUGUACAGACCACCUCCUCCGGAUCCCACGUCAAUCGAAUCCAGACGGGCGUGGUUAACGUGUUAUUUUCUCGCCACAAAUACGUCCAUGGCACUUCACCGACCGAAUCUCAUCCGAUGGUCCUGGUUCAUGGAAGAAAGUGUCAAAAUACUGGAGACAUCGCCUGAAGCAGCACCAACGGACAAGUAUCUUUGUCAUUUAAUUUGGACGCAUAGACUAGCAGAAGAAGUUGGCAUCAAUUUCUUUGAUGAUCAUAAUUCAGGCUCCAGCAUCACGAUUCUGAGAACACAGCAUCUACUCAGCUACUUUGAGCACAAGCUGAAUGAGUAUCAGAGGUCACUCCCAGACGAAAUGCGCCAGCCGUCGCUCAUGUUGAGCUUUUACGUCCUUGAUUUGUACAUGCACGAGAUCGUCUGGCAAAACGAGAGCCCCGAUGACGGCAAAGGGCCCGCCACGUUGAUUGAUGGUCAAACGGCUUGGCUAGACGGUAACUUGACGCCUGCCCACGUCAAAGCGCUGAGCGCAACUCUGGAGGCGAUCAAGCACAUCUUCAAUGUGUUUCUCACCAUGGAGGUCCAUAGCAUACGCUGUCUGCCUGCCUUCAGCUUUGUACGCAUCGCCUACGCCGUGGUAAUCUUGAUCAGAAUCUAUUUGUCUGUGAUUUCGCCCAAGACCGAGCUCGGAAAGGUGAUGAGAAAAGAGGACGUGGAGGUGGAGAAAUGGAUCGAGAAGCUUCUAGAGAAGUUCAAAGCCACCAUGGCGGACGACAAGAACAGGCCAGCUGCCAAAUUCUUCUUUGUUCUCGGGAUGCUUAGACAGUGGUUUCAAGCGCAGAAGCAGCCUGCCUGGCCAAAAGGUUCAAGCAUCUCCCGUGCUGAGGCUGGUCCUUCCGGAGCGGGCUCAGCAAUGGGUAACUUGUCGACAGAGUCAUCUACUACGCCUCCAUUUGCUAGCAAUCAAAUAUCACGAAAAGAUAAUGCUGUAGACAUGGACCUCACUCCCGCCGCUGGGUCGCUACGAUCAAAUCAAAUAUACAAGCAACAACAGCAACAGCAACAGCAACCGAAUGCAUCUGAUUAUCCAACCACAGCAGACACGCCACUUCAUCUCCUCUCCGAGGUCGCGACACACGAAUCAUCGUCCGUCCCGACCCCCAGCUCCGGUCCUCCUCCUCCCGGAAAAUCUACCGUAUCAGCAGGUCCAUCAUCUAGCCAACACACCGCCCACAUGCCCAACAACGCGAACAUUAUCCUCUCCGCCCCAAUCAGCGCAGCAUCCAGCGGGGCUGCUAUGGAUUGGAAUCUCCGAUCACAGCCGCAGCCUGCCCAACAGCCACCAUGUUUGUUGAACGCCGAUUCCUCCGCACCCGUUCCAGAUAUGAACCAGCAGCAGCCCUCAACAGGGCCUCAUGACCCUCUCCCCUGGCUCAGCCAAGCGUUCAUCCCCGAAUUUGAACCCGCCAAUUUUGGCGACGGGUUCGAGCAGGCCAUGGACUUGACGCUCGGCGGGCUGGCGGGCGAUGACUUUAAUAUGAUGGCGCUGGGUAUGGGCUUGGGUAUGGGAGUAGGCAUGGACUUGGGUGGAGGCGGGGGCUUCGAUGGCGGUCUAGGGGCUGGAUUUGGAGGUCAAGGUGCUGCUGCUGGGUUGGGGGGAGAGAGAUCGGCGUAUGAUUACGGGCAAGGCUGGUAUGGGGCGGGACAGCAGCAGCAUCAAGGGCAGCAGCAGCAGAAUGGGAACCAAGGGGGAUCAGGAGGUGGUAGUAGUGGCGGAGGGGGAGGACAUGGGCAGCAGCAGCAGCAGCAGCAGCAGCAACAGCAUGCUGUUCAUGGCGGACAUGGUGGGCAUCAUGCUGGGGGGAUGAAUCCAUGGGGUAUCACCGAUGGAACGAAACCAUGGUGACAUUGCUGGACUUGUUUGACUUAAAAAAAAAGCCGUGGUGUUCUCAACAGAAGCCCAGCAAGCACUGUUUCCCCGAACGUAUCUCUGUGUCGAAGAUUGAAACCAGUUGGAUAAACAAAAUCAAGCAUGUACACAUGGCAUGAGUAAUGGUUAAUGAAUAAUAGGUUGAAAAUUUUUGGGGGGAUUUUCGAUGAAUGACACGGAUUAUGAUGACAGAAGAAAGAAGAGGUGGAAGGUGGCACAUGGUUAUGAAUACAGCUGUGGGUAGGAUAGAAGAUCACCAUGGGUUAAUUCAACGCGGUCCCAUCCC